AGGCAUCAGCUGGUUCAGUACCGUUGCUGUGUUGCUGAAGUCGUUGAAGCGUGAGUACUGUCGGCAUGAAACUUUGCAUGCAACUAUCAGAUGUCGACAGUCGUUUAUGAUUAAAAUAUAGGAAUUUAUUUACUAAUUUUUGAACUAAAAGUCGAAUAUGAAUCUGACAAAGAUAUUUGGACUUUCGAGAGGUGUAAAAUGUGCUCUCGAUAGAAGCGCGCACGGGUCAUUAUUCGGUAAUGUAAAUACUCAAGCGAGAUGUAAGAGCAAACUGACGAGGCCUAAGGCUAUCGAGACGAAUAGAUAUCGAAAAUCAGAGGAAACGAUUGGACUAUAUGGAUAUUGCUUGUUGGGAAUACCCAUCGCCACUUUUGCACUUGGCACAUGGCAAAUUAAGAGAUGGAGAUGGAAGCUGGAUCUAAUAGAAAGUCUAAAGCAACGCACUUCAGCAGAACCAAUCGAUCUGCCAUCUGACUUAAAUGAACUAAAAGAUAAAGAAUAUUACCGUAUGAAGGUCAAGGGCAAAUUUUUAUAUGAAAGGGAAUUUUUGAUAGGGCCUAGAAGCCUUAUUCUCAAUGGAGAGGCGGUGAGCGAAAAAGGCGGUGGAAUAUUUUCUCGCAAAUCAGGCACAGGAUAUUACGUGAUUACACCUUUCAGACUGGAGGAUCGGGACCUGACUAUUAUGGUGAAUCGUGGAUGGAUUCCUAGACAUGAUCGCUCGACGUUUAAAAUGGGAAAUAAAAUUACGGACACUGUAGAAAUUAUCGGCAUUAUCAGAGCAACUGAAAAACGACCUCAGUUUAUGCCUGACAAUGCUCCUGCGAAAGGUGUAUGGCAUUAUAGAGAUUUAGAUGCAAUGGCAAAGGUAACAGAGUCAGAGCCUAUAUAUAUAGAAUUAUUGGCUGAAUACGGUACACCUCAAGGUCCGAUCGGAGGCCAGACGAAAGUAACUUUAAGGAAUGAACAUUUAAGUUACAUAAUCACUUGGUACUCGUUGUCUGCCUGCACGAGCUACAUGUGGUUCCGACAAUUUGUACAGAAGUUACCUCUCAUUUAGAUGCAUUUAAACAGAUAUUUACUUCUUUACCUGAUAUAUAUACAAAAAAGAAGAAUAUAGAAAUGUAAUUUAUAUGUAUAUUGUCAUAAUUAUUUUUUAAUUAUAUUAUACGCUAAAUUUCUGUGUUUUAUUUUUUCACAUCUUCAUGGAAAAAUUAAGUACAGUAAUGUUGACUAGAGUGCGAAGUAAACAGGUACAGAAAUAAACGAAUCACGAAUCAA